UUCAGCUAUUUCUUGAAUUUUCCUCAUUUUUUUAUUCUACGUUCCAUUUUCUCUUCUUAUUUUUAUUUCUCCCAAGACCUAAUUAUUCAAUUUAUUCCGAUCUUAAAUUUUCCCGAUCAUGGACAUUACCAUAAUCACCGAUACCGCCUCAAUCGCCACGUCUCAGUAUCUAGGGUUUCCGAUUCCCCUCAAUUUUUCCACCUCCAAUCAUCAAUUUUCCCUUUCGGAUUCCUCCUCCGAUCAAUCCUCACCAUCCACCGGAACUCUCCAAAUCUCCGCCGUAAUUUGCCCCGUUGACGCCCUUGCUCCUCCGCCAGUGAAAUCCAAUUCGUUCAGAACCACCUCGCGUACGCUUCUCCGUAAGAAGAGGCGUAUUAGGAGGAAAUCCUUCAGCGGUGGAGACUCCGACGAAGGCAGCGAAGGGGACGAUGGGUUGUUCGGUGGCGAUGGACCUUUUUUCGGCGGAGGCGGCGGAGGUUUUGGAGGUAGCGGUGGUGGGGGUUGGAAUUUCGAUAGAUAUGGAGGGCAUAAUUGGGAUGAAUCGUGGUCUUCUUCGCCAUCUGAUCCAGCUUUCGAUUUCGUUUAUGAGGUAAUUUCUUGGAUAGUGCUUUCGAAUUGCGUUCAUUUUGCGUUCCAGAAAGUUUUUCGAAUCGCUGCUGAUGGAAUCGGCGAUGCCGAUCGGGAAAAGGUGCCAUUGAGACUGACUUCAGUUUGUUGAUUCUGAAUUCCAAAAAUAGUUUUAAUUCUCAAAUUCAACGCUUAACAAAUCUUUAAAAAUUGGGAAUUGAUUCAUUUGCCCAUGUGGGUACUAUGACAUGAUGAUUAUGAUCUCGCUAUCGAAAAUUUGUAUAUAUUAUAUGUAAAUAUAGAUAUUACUAUUCCUGUUGUUCUAUUUUCAAUUUACAUUGUAUAUUUGUUAUAUAUUAUGUGUUUUUAGUUCUUCUAA